GGUUGUCCAUUCGACUCUUGACCAUUCUAUAUAUACUCUCCCCAAAAAACCCUAGUUCCUAACUCGAAUCGAUUUCGACUCGACCACAGAUUUGGGGCGAUCCAAUUCAAGUUUACGGAAUGGAUUCUGAUAUGGAACCAGUAGCCGUGACCUCGCAAAAGCAUGAUCCAGCAUGGAAGCACUGCCAGAUGUUUAAGAAUGGGGACAAGGUUCAGCUAAAAUGCAUAUACUGUGGGAAGAUAUUUAAGGGUGGGGGGAUUCAUCGUAUUAAAGAACAUCUGGCGGGGCAGAAAGGAAAUGCCGCCACUUGUUUGAGAGUUCAACAUGAUGUGAGGCUCCAGAUGAUCGAGAGCCUGAAUGGGGUUGCAGUGAAGAAGAGGAAGAAACAGAAACUUUCUGAGGAGGUGACAGGAUUUGAUAAUCCUGGGCCCAGUGGUGUUGAGGUAGCGAACAAUUCGUGUAGCUUGACUGCUGAUAUUGCUUUGCUUCCUGUUCCUGAAAUGAUUGAGAACGAUGCCGAUGUGUAUGUGAAUAGAGAAGAAGGUGAAAGUGGUAAACCCAUAGGAAGAAAGAAGAAAGGGAGGAUUAGGAAAGCACCUGAUGUGAUUAAUUCUAAUGCUCUUGUUUUGGCUAGUUUUCCUCCACCUGCAACCCCAAAGAAAAAUAGUAAUACAGUUAAUAUGGCAGUUGGUAGGUUCUUUUGUGAUGUUGGAUUGCCCAUGGAGGCCACUAAAUCUCCUUACUUUCAGCCAAUGAUCGAUGCAAUUGCAUCACAGGGUGCUGGAGUUGUUGGUCCCUCCUACCAUGAUCUAAGGGGGUGGGUUUUGAAGAAUUUGGUUCAUGAAGCAAGAUAUGAUACUGAUCAGUGCACUGGGUCUUGGGGAAAAACUGGAUGCUCAAUUUUGGUGGAUGAGUGGAAUUCCGGAAGGGGUAAAACCUUUGUCAACUUUACGGUCUAUAGCCCUGAAGGAACCAUAUUUCUGAGGUCAGCUGAUAUAUCACAAGCAAUAGACUCUGCUGAUACCCUUUAUGAAUUGCUAAAAGAAACCGUGGAAGAGGUUGGGCUAAGAAACGUGGUGCAAGUGGUAACCAGCAAUGAAGAGCGAUAUGUUAUAGCCGGUAAAAGACUUACUGACACUUUUCCUACUGUAUUUUGGACCCCUUGUGCUGGUCGUUGUAUUGAUUCUAUACUUGAGGAUAUAGGAGAACUUCCAACGGUGAAGAUGACUCUGGACCAAGCAAAAUCCAUCUCAAGAUAUAUUUACUCUAACAGUAAUGUCUUGAACAUGAUGAGGCGAUACACAUUUGGACUGGAUUUAGUUGAUCUGGGAGAUACACGUGCUACUACUGAUUUUUUGACAUUGAAAAGAAUGGUGAGUAUCAAGCAUAAUCUGCAGUCGAUGGUUACUUCUGAGGAGUGGAUGGAAAGCUCUUUCUCAAAGAAACCAGAAGGCUUUGCAGUGUUAGACUCGAUUAGUAGCCCGUCCUUCUGGACUUCUUGUACUUUGCUCGCACAUAUAUCGGAUCCACUCUUGCGACUAUUGAGAAUAGUUACUAGUGAAAAGAGGCCUUCUAUGGGAUAUGUCUAUGCUGGACUAUAUCGAGCCAAGGAAGCCAUUAAAAAGGAACUUGUUAGAAAGGAAGAGUAUUCAGUUUAUUGGAAUAUCAUAGAUCGUCGAUGGGAACUUCAGCGACAUCCACUUCUUGCAGCAGGUUUCUAUUUGAACCCAAAAUUCUUUUUUAGUCUUGAAGGAGAUGCACAUCUCCACAUUCGGUCGCUAGUAUAUGAUUGCAUAGAGAAACUGGUUCCUGAUGCUAAGAUUCAAGAUAAAAUAAUGAAGGAAACUGCUUCUUACCAUGGCAGUACAGGAGAUUUUGGUCGGAAGAUGGCUAUCAGAGCUAGGGACACUUUACUUCCCACUGAGUGGUGGCUAGCAUAUGCUGGAAGUUGCCCCAAUUUGGCUCGCCUGGCCACCCGCAUUCUCAGUCAAACUUGUUGCUUGGUCCGGAGUAAGCCAAGUAAAAUUCCUCUUGACUUAAUGCAUGAGAGGAAAAAUUCCUUGGAGCAUCAACGACUCAGUGACCUUGUUUUCGUUCAAUAUAGCAUGAUGAUGAAGCAAAUGGGUCUGAGCAACAAGCAUCAGGAAACAUCAGACCCAAUUUCUUAUGAGCACAUGGAUAUUGCUGAAGAUUGGGUCCUGGAAAAAGAGUUAGGCUCGGAGGGCUCUGGGGAGUGGAUGACUGUUGAUCCACCUUUAGGUAAUGUCACACUCUUAGGAGAACAGGCCGAUGACUACGAUGCACUGGGUUCAGGAUUUGAUGAUUUUGAAAUUUUUGAGGUGGUGAAAGAAACUGAGGACGAAAAUGGAGAUGAGAACGUAGGCCAAAAUUAGGUUCUUGCCAAUACCAAUCUGGUUUUUCUCACAGGCAGAGGUAGAGUGUGCAUUGCAAAUUCGAGAUUAAUUUAUUGACCAAGUUAUGGGCAUUACACCCUGUGCUCAUAGUUUACAUGGAACUUGCUCUCUGAGUGAGUUUGGACAUUUUGUACAGAUUAUGUAGGUCAUAUGCAUAACGUCUGUGUGGCAUUGAGGCUCUUUGUCCGUAAUGAACAUUACGAUUUUCUGGGGAUGUUUACAUGUAGAAUAAGGGUCUCAAAAUUGCACCCCAUUUUGUGUCCAGGAAUCAGAAGGUUGAAUUCUAGUAAACAUUCAGAUGAUUAAAUCUCAUUUUCUUACAA